AUGGAUUUUGAUCCACAACAUCCGAAGUGGAUUUGUUGUUGUUGUCACUUGACCCAGGGUUUAAUGAUCCUAGGCAGCUCAGAAAUUGUCCUAUCAAUACUAUUAUUACUCUAUUCUAUUGCUUAUAUCGCUAUACUAGAUCCCGAGGAACAGUACGGUCAUGUGCCUUGGUUUGCCGCAAUAUCGAUGCCAAUUAGCAUUAUGUAUGGUGUAACAUCUGCAUUAUUAAUCUUUGGUAUUCACAAGUACAAGGAUAAAUUAAUGUAUCCGACAUUGAUAGCUCGAACGAUAAUUGUCAUUUUUAUUCAAGUAUUUGGUGUUUCAAUCAUUGCAAAACCAUCUCAUAAUCAUUUCACAAUCGAUGAUGUUUAUUGGAAUGAAUCAGAUUAUGAAAAAGUUCAUGAAAGUUUAACUAAAAAAAAGACACAGAAGAGUUCAACAGCCAAUGAACGUUUAGUGAUAUUAAUAUUUAUUAUGCUGCUAAUAUCAAUAUUUGUAUUUUAUACACUUUAUUCUGUUGUACGAUGUAUUCGUUAUGUGAAAGCAUACAAACGACUUUUGGAUAGGAAACGUUCACUAUUACUUGCUUGUAAUACUAAUCCGGCGAAUAAACGACGUUCUUCGCGCGCUUCAGGAAAUUUGCAAACAUAA